GAACCGCUUAAAUCUUAAGCCACUUUCUGAUUUUUUUAAGGAAACUUUUUUACAUUAAUUUAUAGCAAGCACCUUAAAUUGAAAAAGAAAAUCUUUUUUAGCCAUCCACUACACUCCUGCUGAGUGAUGGCAGCUUGACAAGGGCCGUGCCACUCGAAACCGCGAUGAUGAGUGAACAUCCGCUGCAUCACCCUCUGCACGUGACCCGCUCCACUCCCCUGCACUGCACGGCACACACACACUCUCUCUCUGAUCAGUCAUCGCCACCGGACCACCGUCACGCGGAGCUCUCUCCUACUCUCCUCUUCCCCUCUAAAACCCCACGAAAUCGCCGAAAGGAGUAGCGGACGCAGCCCCCACCACCACUUGUUCAAUCUCUCUCCUCUCCCGUCUCGCCUCCCGGAGCGCAAGAAAAGCUCGGAUUCCUGGUGGUUUCUACCAUCCUCCGUCCUCGAUCUGAGCGUUGCCUGCUUCCCUGCCCCCCCGCUCAGAUGUCCGCCUUCCGUGUCCUGUAAAAUCUUUCGCCGCGCAGCAAUCUCCCCCCACUUGUCGGCUGUCCUGCUGCUGCUGCUGCCAAUGGCGACCAAGGGAGGGAACGCAAGGGGCGUUCCGGUGGGGGCGCUGCUGGUGGCCGCGCUCCUCCUUAGCUCCUUGGUUCCCACCUCCGCGUCCUCGUACCCCGCAAGGGUCGUGAGCGGGUUCCUCUCCAAUGCGGCGUCGGCGGUGGUGAAGCGGCUGUGGUCGCUCAAAUCCACCACCAAGACAGCAGCGAGCGGGGGAAAGUCUAUGGUGAAGUACGAGGGCGGGUACACUGUGGAGACGGUCUUCGACGGCAGCAAGCUGGGGAUCGAGCCCUACUCCGUGGAGGUCACCCAGAGCGGCGAACUACUCGUCAUGGACUCCAUGAACAGCAACAUCUACAGGAUGGCGCUGCCGCUGUCCCGAUAUAGCAGGCCAAAGCUUGUUGCCGGUUCUCCCGAAGGAUUUCCUGGUCAUGUUGAUGGGAAGCUGCGAGAGGCGAGGAUGAACCAUCCGAAGGGAUUUACAGUGGAUGACAAGGGUAACAUCUAUGUGGCUGAUGCCAUGAACAUGGCUAUUAGAAAGAUCAGUGAUACAGGGGUUACAACUAUUGCUGGGGGAAAAUCAGGCAGAGGAGGGCAUGUUGACGGGCCAAGUGACGAGGCAAAAUUUUCUACUGAUUUUGAAGUUCGUUACAUUGGCAGUAGCUGCUCGCUUCUGGUGAUUGACAGAGGAAACCAAGCAAUCCGGGAGAUUCAGCUCCACUUUGAUGACUGUGUAUACCAGUAUGAAGCUGGUUUUCCUCUAGGAGUGGCACUACUUCUUGCUGCCGCAUUCUUUGGCUACAUGCUUGCACUGCUCCAACGCCGAGUUUUAGGGAUGUAUUCAAAUGGAGAUGAGCAGGAAGACGAGAGUCCAGUGAAAGCUAAACUAUCUAGCAUCCCACCUCCGUACCAGAAGCCACUGAAGUCUUCUCUUCGCCCCCCGCUGAUUCCAAAUGAUGACGAACCCGUGAAACAAGAGGAGGAAGGGCUCUUCACGUCGAUUGGCAAACUCGUGGGUGUAGCAAGAUCAUCAGUCGCAGAGAUCGUCGGCGCCACAUUCUCCAGAAAGAAGCGAGUGAACGUUCACCACCACCAGCUGGGCAGGCCGACCUCGUGGCCAGUGCAAGAGAGCUACGCCAUCCCGCGGGACGAGACCCCGCCGCCACUGGACACGAGGGCGCCGACCCCACGCAAGAGCUACGCCUUCAUGUCAAAGGAGCCGGAGAAGAUCCACCACAUCCGGCACGGUCGGCCUCAGUCACACGGCUGGACCGGAGAAGCUGCUGCUGCUCCUCAGCAGCAGGCGGCGUCGCUGCCGCCGCAGCAGCAGCAGCAGCAGCAGCAGGUGCAUCACCAGCAGUACCACAACAGGCAGUACUCGGCCGGGCCGCAGACCUUCUACGAGCCGAGCUGCGAUGCGGCGAAGGAGAUCGUCUUCGGAGCCGUGCAGGAGGGGGACACCGGCCGCCGCCGUCCCGUGGAGAUCAAGCCCGUGAACCACGGCGACGUGGCGCCGUUCGAGCUGAACGGGCUGCGGUUCCGCAGCAGUUACGGCAUGGGCUAAACCAGUGGCAAUAAGCAGUCGAGGAAGAGAUCUAUUGUUGCCUCCGUCCGUCCUAGUAGUGUUUUGGCGUCCUCCGUUGUACUGGUAGCUGCCUGUAAAGUGUAAGGAAAAGAGAGGGAGCGAUAUAGAGAUAUCAGUGCACUCGAGGGGAGCAUUUGACAAGUGCAACGGAGAAGUUGGGAGUUUUGGUAGGAAGAGCUUGGUCAUCAUCAUGGUUAUUGGACUCUUUACUGGCGGUGAUAUAUAUAAUAUAUGUAUGUAUAUGCGUUUUGAUCUCA